AUUUAUUUACCACAACGUUAAACCCAGAAAAUCCCCGGCGAUGGCGACUCAAUUCUUCAAGAAACUCCGCCCCUCCGCCGCCCUCUUCUCCUCUCCCAGCCGCACGAAAACUACCUUUGCCCAAUACGUGGCUUCAAGAGCUCGAGACCCGACCUUCGAGAAGCUAAUGGAGAGAUACAAGAACCUCCUUCGAGUCAUCUCCAUACAAGAUCUCAUCCUCUCCUCCAACUCAUCCCCGCCCGCCGUCUCCCUCGACUUCAUCAGCCGCCUCUCCCAGCGCAUCCACCUCAACCGCGGCGCCGCCGUCUUCCUCCGCAGGUACCCCCACAUCUUCCACAUUUUCAACCACCCCGACAAGCUCCAGCCCUUCUGCUCCCUCACUCCUGCCGCCCUCCAAAUCGUCCGCCAAGAAUCGGAGGCCAUCGAGAAAACUCUACCGCUCUCCAUUACCCGAUUAGUCAAGAUUUUAUCCAUGUCCCUCACAAAAAAAUUACCUCUUCGGGCGAUCUUCAAGGUCUGGAAGGAAUUGGGGCUGCCCGAUGACUUCGAGGACUCCAUAAUUUCAAGAAAUCCCGAGGUUUUCGCAUUGGAAGAUGGAAAUGAAAUCAAUACUCAUUAUUUGGUUCUGAAAGACAGCGAUGAAUUUCGGGAAUGUUUGGUUCCUGCGGUGGAGAAUUCGAGAAUGACAGAGUGUUGUAGAGAGGAAUGCAGCGUGGAUAGGACUGAGCUGCAGUAUAGUUUCAAGCAGGGGUUUCCGCCGGGAAUGCGGCUAGGGAAGAAUUUUAAGGCCAAAGUUAAGGAAUGGCAGAGGUUUCCCUACAUUGGUCCGUAUGAGGAGAUGACUGCCAAGGAGAAUAGGAGGAGUAAGAAUGGUGUGAUGAGGAUGGAGAAGCGGGCGGUGGGGGUGGUGCACGAGUUCUUGAGCUUGACUGUGGAGAAGAUGGUGGAGGUGGAGAAGAUAAGCCACUUUAGGCAGUGGUUUGGGAUUGAAUUGAAUGUGAGGGAUUUGUUCCUUGACCAUCCCGGGAUGUUCUAUUUGUCUACCAAAGGGAAGGUACAUUCUGUGUUUUUGAGAGAGGCAUAUAUGAGGGGGUGCUUGAUUGAGCCUAACCCGGUUUAUGAGGCUCGGAGGAAGCUUCUUGGUCUUGUUGCUUUGGGGCGGCGGGGGUUGGAUAGGUCGUGGAGUGUGGUUGAGAAUGAAGAGAAGAGGAAUGUAUAGUGAUUGAGGUGAAUAGCAUUGGUUGAUGCUGUUCACGUGCUAUGGAACUAUGAACUUGGAUUGCCACUUUACAUUUGCAAUGGAAGUGACUUGGCUAAUCUUAGACAGAGUGGUAGAUAAUGCAUUAACCCUUUCUAUCUUACACAUAUAGAAUCUCAUUCAUACUCUUACUAGUGAGGCCUAAUGGAUGGCAUUGGUCUGUGUCUAUGUUUUUUUUGGCAUUGUAAAUAGGAUGCUACUGCUUGCUAAAUCAGAACGCUCCUUCGUAAUAUUUAUUUAGAUUCAUGCACCAAUAGGCACUGCUGAGCUCUCUAUAGGACUGCAUCAGUCUUGCACCUCUUCUUCAUGCCUCCUCCGACCAAAGUGACUUCUUUUCUCUUGUUUGUGGUGGAUGACUCUGCAUCAAUCAAAAUGAUUGAGGUUUGGCUACGAAGGAUUUCAUAGAAAGCAAAAGAGGGUGGAAUGUUUCAGAAAAGAUGGAAAUGGUGGUGUGUUUGAGCAUAAAGUCUUGUGAGUCCUCCAAUUCUGAGAUGAAAGCUCUAAGGUUUGAACUUGUUUGGGUGCUGAUACUCCAAUAUUUCCACUUCUUCUUUUGCUUGCUGUAUCAAACUCUCCAUUGUGAAGAAGCAUGCAGGUAGUGAUGGAUUGAUUAUCCUGAAAAAAGGACAUUAAUGGAAAAGUUGAUUUUGUCUGC